AUGGUGAUUUUACCUAAAGAUAAGAAAGCUUUUUUGCCUUGCAAAUGGGUUUACAAAGUUAAACAUAAUUCAGAUGGAGGGGUUGAAAGAUUAAAAGCCAGGACUUCAACUGGGGCAACACCUUACCUUUUGGUCUAUGGAACAGAGGCUGUGUUACCUGCAGAGGUAGAGAUACCAUCCUUAAGGAUUAUCCAAGAAGCUGAGUUGAGUGAUGCCAAGUGGAUACAAAAUCGAUAUGAACAAUUGAUGCUCAUUGACGAAAAGAGGAUGAAUGCAGUUUGUCAUGGACAACUUUAUCAGAACAGAAUGGCCAAAGCUUUCAACAAGAAGGUAAGACCGAGACAAUUCAAACCAGGGAAAUUGGUGUUGAAGCGCAUAUUCCCACACCAAAAUGAAGCUAAGGGAAAAUUUGCACCUAACUGGCAAGGGCCUUACAUGGUUCACCGAGUACUGACUGGAGGAGCACUAAUUCUAGCAGAAAUGGAUGGCGAAGUGUGGCCGAAAGCUAUCAAUGCAGAUGCCGUCAAGAAAUACUACAUUUAG